AUGAAGCUUUUAGGUGCCUGUAACCCUUUGCUUGAUGUAGUGGCUGAUGUACCGUCUUCAUUGCUAGAUGAGUACGAUCUUCCGCACGGAGGCGCUGUCUUAGCUAAUGAAAAACAAUUAAAAUUAUUUCCUAAAUUAGAAAAAGAAUUUAAAUGCAAAUAUCUUCCAGGAGGAUGCGGCCAGAAUACAAUACGCGUCUUUCAAGCACUCAGUCGAAAGCCCGGAACAACAAAAUUUUUAGGGUGUAUUGGGAGAGAUAAAGAAGGAGAGCAAUUAAGAGAGCUUCUGAUAUCUCAAGGUAUAAAGCCGAUAUAUAAAGUUAGUGACACAAAGCAUACAGGAACGUGCAUGGUGCUUGUAACAGAUAAAGAAAGAUGUGUCUGCACACACUUAGGAGCUUCUGUAGAUAUUGAUGAAGACUUCUUACAGCAGCAUUGGGUUGAAGUUGAAGAAUGCACUGCAGUCUACUGCACUGCUUUUCUUCUCUCUUCUUCUUCUCAAGUGCUGCUACGACUAUCUCAGCACUGUGCAGAAACAGGAAAGAUAUUUUGCUGCAAUUUAUCAGCAGAGUUUUUGAUGAAAGAAUAUAAAAAAGAAUAUUUAGAAAUGCUAAAAAACGCAAAUAUUGCAUGCGGAAACAAAGACGAAGCCCUGCAAUUUGCGUCCGUUCACAGCUUAGACUCGACGGGUAGCCUUGGAGAUGUUGCGGCGCAGAUAUUAGAUAUAAUGCUUACUAAAGAAACAGAUAAAGAUAAAGAUAAUGAUAAAAAUAAUGAUAAAGAAGAAGAUAAAGAUAAAGAGAAAGAAGAAAAUACUCAAAAAUACAAAGAAUUAAAAAUUGCUGUCAUCACACAAGGAGAAGAUCCCGUCGUUGUUGCAUGCCGCAUGUAG